GAGGCAGCGGGGCGGCGCGGACGGGCCCGGGGGAUGCCGCUGCCCACCGUCUUCCUCCUCCUCCUUCUUCUCGCAGCAGAAGAUUGUCUGGCUCAGUGUGAUAAUGACUGCAAGGCUUACUGCUGUGAUGGGACCGCUCCCUACUGCUGUUCAUAUUAUGCCUACAUUGGGAAUGUCCUUUCAGGCACGGCAAUAGCUGGAAUUGUUUUUGGCAUCGUCUUCAUAAUGGGAGUGAUCGCCGGGAUUGCCAUCUGCAUCUGCAUGUGCAUGAAGAACAACCGUGGCACUCGAGUGGGGGUCAUCCGGACAACACACAUCAACACCAUCAGCACCUACCCAGUGACUCCACCACCAUACAGUUAUGAACAUGAAAUGGAGUACCCUGUUGAUCUACCUCCACCUUAUACUCCAACUCCACAGACUUCAAUACAGUAUCCCCCACCCCCUCCUUACCCUGGUUAUUCAGGGAAAUAAUGACAUGGCUUCACCCUGAUGUUAACUGGCUGUUGAAACAGCCAGCACCGUUGGAACAAAUAUUUUUGGCUCAGGGACAAGUAGGAUGGGUUCUGCAUCAGUAUAUCUGGUCAGACAUCAAAAUAACCAAGGAGGUUUCCUGUGGCUCAGGACAAAGAAGAAUACUGUCCAUUCUGGACCAUCACAAUUCAUGGUUAAGCAGUGUGUGACAAAAGAAACAGUUCCUAUAAGUCAGUGCCUGAUGAGUAGCUCUUAGCAUGGGUGCUUAGCCUUAGCUGCAACCUCUUAGAGCGGAUGGGUACUGGGGUAUUCCUGUUUAAGAACAUGCACGUGGUUCAGAUGGUUGGUUCAACAAGGUCUAUUUCAAAUUGCACAGAAGACAGUUGCUGUGACUUAUUCUGCAGGAAAAUUCCAGCUGUCGUCUUCAAACAUGUUACACCUUUCUGUGAAACAAGGGAAAUAAGAAAGAACAAGGAAGACUGAAGCUUCAGUGUCUACUUUGGGAUGCUAAUACAUGAUGAUCAGCUGUCUGUAUUGAUCUGAUAAGUGCUGAUGGAGUUAUUCAGCAAUGAAAAACUGAUGGAUGUUAUUUUUGGCCAAGUACAGGUUGUUUUAAGUGCCUACUUUUAAGAAAAUUGAGACUAGCUUAUUUCCUAAAAUGUAAACAUAAAGAGCAUUUUUAUAUGUGAAUUACACUAAUUUAUAGCUGAUGAACUUUUAGCUGGACUUAAAUACUCUGCACAUUGGACAAGGCUACAGUGCCUUUUAAAAUCAAAUUAUAUGUUGAUUUUUAAAAUAGAAUAUUAAUUCAGGAAUACUUGCAAGUGGAAGAAGAAAAAUGAUUAUUAAAGCAUCAUAGGUUUGUCUUUCAAUUGGAUUGCAUGAAGAUAUUUAAAAAAAAAAAAAACAUACUGUUUUCCAGUAAUAAUGAUGUCUAGUCUAACCAAAGAUAUGAGAAGACUGACUGUGAACAUCAGAUUACUUUUGAAUAUUGUCUUGGGCAUUCUAAAACUUUAAUUCACCAAACAGUACAUUUUUUUGCAUUUGUCAUGCAUGUUGUUCAAAAUUAUUUAAUCUCCACUACAAAAAGUACAGACUUUGAUGGCUUAAGGUAUUCCGUAUGCUUACUGGGCUAACUGUCGUUCAGCAGCAGCUAUUUCACAAUAGAGUAUCCAGUUACCGAAAGCAUCAUCCUUCAGUGAUAAGACUUGCACUGUGUUCAGUUCAGUAUGCAAACCACAAAGGCACUGGUUCUUUUCAAGAUAUUUAGAACUCUCUUAGUUUGAGUUGGGUAGCCUUUUAACUCUGAGCAAAAAAGCUAUUCAGUAACUUUCUUGCUUCCAAGACCUAAGUGACUAUUCUUGCUCAGAUUUUGUAAUUGUAUUUAUUUGUCCUUUCCAUGCUGACUAACCUUACCCUCUUGAAAAUCACACUAGAAACUAGAAUUGCUCAGGAAGCCUGAGCUGUGUCACAGAAAUUGGUUGAUGGGGGUUCCUUGGAGCUUUCUCCAAGGAAGGACGAUUACAUUCUCAUUUCUGUUUUGCUGUUCAGAGGUAACAAAUCCUGAACUAGGUUAUCUUCACAAUUGCUUCUUCUCUGGGCUUCGUCCUGUGACAUCUCUGCUGCUAACAUGACCUCUCCUAAGAUACAGAUGUUCCUCAGCUGAAAUCCUCCUGUGAAGUGCAACUUUCUGUGCACUGGGUUUUGGCACUCCCUACUCAGAACCAUCUGUUGGGGUGCUGAGUGUGCCUUCCAACCUUCCCAUCUGGGCUGUUGGUCAGUGUGAAGAAUAGAAGAUGCGUGUUUUUUUUCUGCGGGAAAUCCUGUUUCUACCACAGUAGAAACACAUUGUUCUACACUACUACCUCAGCGCCAGAUGGUAUUUCUGUGCCGAAAAGUUACCUGUGGAUAACAAGUAUUGUCAUUUCCCCCAUAUGUGUAUUUCAUUUCUUUGAACAGAGCAUGUGGACACACCAAUCAAAGAGCAGUUUGUAUGUGAUGAAUCCAGUCUCCUAAAAAGUACAGAGAAAGAAAACUAUCAUAAAUCUCCCCUUAGAGGAAGGAUUUCUCCAGCUGUGACAUUUGUCAGGACAAGUUACAAAGCAGAUUUCUUGAAUAAAAUGGUGUUUCUGAAUAACAACUAAAA